AUGGCGCGACGCAUUGCGCUGGUGCGGGUGCCCUACGACGACGACUGCUGGGCCGACGUGCUUUGCGGUGCAGAGCAGGCCCAGGACUCUUCUCCGCCGCGCCUGGGAGCUGGCGCUGGUGCUGGUGCUGGCGCUGGCGCUGGCACUCGCACUCGCACUGGUGCAGUCGUUCGCAUGGCCGUGGGCGCACCAGCAGCGAACACGGCCCUGGCACUGCUCUCACGACAUGGCGAGGGCGCGGGUGCUGGGGCGCAACAGGCUCGGCCGGAUGGGGUUGCGGAGACGGCCAUAUUGACGCUCAUCAUCUGCGCGUGCUCGCAUGCUAUGCUGUCCUGUCAUCAAGGGCCCUGUCGCGUUUCCGUAUAAGCGUGGCUGUCGAACCAAGGUCAUCCGUCGAUCAUAGUACCUUGCCGGGUAAGCCGCCUGAGCGUCGGUCGCUAGCCGCCAAACGGUCUAGAAGCAGACGGCAUGAGGAAAUCAAUGCUGCACCCACCACACGCACGCCUCGCAAUCCCUUGGGGGCUCGCCAUGAUGUCAUGCAUCCGAGCCUCCGUCGCCGCCGCCAGCCUGUGCCAGUGCCAGUGCCAGUACGUGCGGCCCUGCCUGCGCCUCGUCGUUGUAUAGCAGACUGGACGCACCGUUGCUCGGCCUGGCUCCGCGGCGGCGGCACUUCUCUCGCACACUCGUCCCC